AGAAGAUUGGAGGAGAAAUAAAAUAGCAUUAUUCCUAGUUUUACCACGCGGAGUCGGAGAUAUAAUACCGAAAGUCUUCGACAACCACACAGAAACAUAGUACUCAGUACUGGCUGGCGAGACUGACGGAGAUGGCGACGGAGUUGCAGAGAGGGUUUCCUCUUCUGAGACAGCAAACCACAGCCCUGCUGAAGAAGAACAUCCUUCUAUCCUUGAGAAACAAGAGGACUACCUUCCUUCACCUCUUCUCCUCCCUCUUCUUCAUUGCUCUCUUGUUCGGAAUCCAAAAGGCCACCGAUUACCGUUCCAGGCACCCCUCCGCCGUCGCCGCCGUCGCCGAUCCUCAAGCCGCCACCGACCCUUCUAUUCCCGCCUGCGAGCACAAGCUCUUCAUCAAACGCCCGUGUUUCGAUUUCGCCUGGAGCGGCAGCAGCAGUUCCAGGAUUCAGGCCAUCGUCGCCGGAAUCCUUGCAAACAAUCCCGGCCGCCCAAUUCCGGCGAGUAAGGUUAUAUCAUUUGCAAGCAAAGAUGAGUUGAUUAAUUGGCUUCUACAAGAGCCAAUGCGUACCCCGGGAGCUCUUCAUUUUGAGGAAAAGAAUGCAACAGUGAUAAGCUAUGGUGUUCUAACAAAUUCAUCAACUUAUAUUGAAGUCCCAAGGCAGAUUGAAGAUCCCACUUUCAAGUUCAGAAUUCCUCUCCAACUUGCUGCAUCAAGAGAAAUUGCUAGAUCUUUAAUUGGAGAUUCAACUUUCAGCUGGAACAUCGCAUUCAAGCAAUUUGCACAUCCUGAAUUGAGAAAGCGCGACGAGGACGAUUAUUCUAUCUCUAAUGAAAUAGCAAUUAAUAAUUUUGGCCCCAUUUUUUUCUAUGCGGUUUGCAUGUUUGCUUUUGUGUUUCAGAUGAGCUCCAUUGUUGCGGAGAAAGAACUCAAACUUCGUCAGGCAAUGGCUGUGAUGGGCCUCUAUGACACUGCUUAUUGGGGCUCUUGGAUUAUAUGGGAAGGAUUUAUGUCGUUGCUUUCAUCACUCUUCAUAAUUCUUUUCGGGAUGGCUUUUCAACUACACGUUUUCUUGGAAAACAACUUCGCUUUCGUGUUUCUCUUGUUCUUUCUUUUCCAGUUGGACAUGGUUGCUUUUGCAUUCCUCUUCUCAAACUUUGUCCGCAAGACCUCGUCAGCAUCAUCUGUUGGUUUUGCCAUAUUUGUUGUUGGUGUUCUAACCCAGGCUUUCUCAGUGUUAGUAUACAUUGAUACGAAAUUGAAGCAUAUGUAUCAAAGGCUACUCUGGUCACUUUUUCCACCAAACCCUUUCUCUGGAGGCCUUGGUUUGUUAUUGGCAGCUUCACGACAUCCUGGGAAUGGGAUCAGCUGGAGUAGGCAUUCUUUAUGUGAUAUAGAUGAUACCUAUUGCCGCCCAAUUGGCUAUUUUUAUCAAUGGCAGAUAGCAACAUUCUUCAUGUGGCUUAUUGUAGCAAUUUAUGUCAACAAUAUCUGGACCAAUUCUACAGGGGUAAAGAAACCAUAUUUUUACUUUCUAAAUCCCAGUUACUGGACAGGAAAGGAUGAAUAUAAGUCAGAAGAAAAUGGGAAGUGUUGUGGAUCUAAUUCUCCGCCACCAAAUGAUCGCUUCGAUGCAAAUGAUGAGGGUGUUCUCGAGGAGGAGAGUCGAGUGAAGCAGCAGGCAAGUGAGGACAACAUUGAUCCUAAUGUUGCUGUUCAGCUACGCGGUCUGUUCAAAACUUAUCCGAAGAAAAUAAAGCUAAGUUGCCGCUCUUGCUGCUUUUGUUGUUAUUGUUGUGUAUGCAGGACGAGAAAAGCGUACACUGCUGUGAAGAGUUUAUGGCUAAACUGUGAGAAGGAUCAAUUGUUCUGUCUCCUCGGGCCGAAUGGUGCAGGAAAGACUACUGUAAUUAAUUGCUUGACUGGCAUGACUUCUGUGACUCAUGGAGAUGGUUUGGUUUAUGGGAAUUCUGUUAGAAGCUCUACUGGUCUUUUAAACAUUCGGAAACAAAUUGGAGUCUGCUCUCAGUUUGACACACUUUGGGAUAAACUGUCUGCAAAGGAGCACCUCGAGCUCUUCGCUAGCAUCAAAGGAUUGCCUCAAACUUCAAACAAAUCUGAGGCUACAAAUUUACUUGCCCAAGUAAAGCUCGAGGAUGUUGGGAAAGUAAGAGCAAGUAGCUACAGCGGAGGGAUGAAGCGACGUCUUAGUUUAGCCAUUGCAUUGAUUGGUAAUCCGAAGCUUCUGAUAUUAGAUGAACCUACAACUGGAAUGGAUCCUGUAACCCGGAGACAUAUCUGGAAUGUGAUCGAGUCUGCCAAGCAUGGGCGCUCGAUUAUUUUGACAACACAUUCAAUGGAGGAAGCUGACAUUUUAGCAGAUCGGAUUGGGAUCAUGGCGAAGGGGAGGCUUCGUUGCAUAGGAAAUUCGACCACGCUCAAGUCUCGAUUUGGAGCUGGUUUUAUCACUAAAGUUAGCUUAGACAAAGGAGAAGAUGAUGGAAAUACCAUAGAGGAUCAUCACAACAAACAUCAUUUGGCUGUGAAAGAAUUUUUCAAAAUGCACUUGGAUGUGAUGCCAAAGGAGGAGGAUACGUCGUCCUUGACUUUCGUUAUCCCUCAUGGGCAGGAGAGGCAAUUAUAUGAAUUUUUCAAAGAGAUGGAGAAUAGAAAAUCAGAUUUCGGCAUACAAAAUGUUCAAAUUGGACUGUCUACACUGGAAGAAGUUUUCUUGAGUAUUGCUCAGAAGGCAGAGUUAGAGAGUGCAACAGUUGAGGGAAAUGUCAAGACAUUGACUUUACCUUCUGGAGCUUCAAUCCAAGUUCAUUUAGGGGCAAAAUAUGUUGAGAUUCCUGGAUCUGUGUCGCCCGACAACCCGCGAGGGCUCAUGGUUGAGGUGUAUUGGGAACAGGAUGACAAUGGCAACCUCUGCAUUUCUGGGCAUUCGAAUGAGACUCCAGUGCCAUCAAACUUCCGUAGAACACCCACUGGAUUAGUUCCAUAGUAGACUACUAGUGUACAAGGCUAGAAGUGUACUUACUUGGGAUAUAUCUGAUGUUGGAAUGCACAAGAAAGUACAGCCAUGUUCAUAACAUACCACAUAUAACGAGUAAUGAGCACAAUAAAGUAUGAUAAUUGUUUGAAAUGGAUGUCUUUGGGAAGUGGCACUACUCUCUUUGUUCACAAUUCACAAAAGUACAAACUUGUGUGAAACUACCUAAUGUGAGACAUUUAAUAGUUUUGUA